AAACUAAAUCGCGUAUUCUUAUUUAUGAUCCUCAACUUUCAAAAAUUUCGGUGAAUGUUCAAAAUGAAAUCAAUUCUCAACGUCCACAAUCGCUCAACAUUUUUCAACUUCCUAAUAAUUUAAAAAAUGAUGCAAUUGACUAUUUCGCCCCUGAUCUAAAAUUAGAUGAAAAUCCUUAUGAAAAAAUUAUUGCUAUUUUUCAUAGUUCCGGUUCAACCUCAUUUCCUAAAUUAGUUCCUCUCUCCAAUCGUUAUUUAUUAAAUGCAGUCAAAUCAAAUCAUACUCGUGAGAUUAUUUUAUCAAUCGCUCCAUUAUUCCAUAUUUAUGGAUUCGUUCGUGCAUUAAAAUAUAUUUUAGGUCCUGGUUCGACAUACGCAUUUCCAAUUGUUGCAGGUUCAAUCCCUUUAGCCAAUGAAGUUUUACAUAGUUUAAAACAAUCUAAUGCUAGAAUUCUACAUACUUUACCUGCUACUCUUGAACAAAUUUCUAAAUAUUAUCCGGAGGAAAUUAAAACAUUAUUAAAUUUAAAAUCCAUAUUUUAUUCUGGUGCUGCAUUGUUUCCUCAAGUAGGCGAACAACUUGUUCAGUCUGGCGUCAAAAUUCGAAAUUCUUAUGGUGCGACCGAGAUAGGUAAUCUUAUGUUGACUCCUGAAAAUUUAUCACCUGAUAUUCCAUGGAAUGCAAUGAAAUUAAUAGUUCCUGAAAGUAAUAUAGAAUGGAUAGAAAGAAAUGAUAUCCUUGAUGGUGCAAAAGAAUUAGUUUUAAAAAAAAGUUCUUCAAUUCUCGCAAAUAUUAAAGGAAAUACUGAUAAUGAUGAUUAUAGAGUAGGUGACCUUUUUAUUGAAGUUAAAAAAGGUUCCGGUUUAUAUCUUUUACUUGGUCGAGUUGAUGAUACACUUAUUCAUACCACUGGUGAAAAAACAAAUCCGGUGCCAAUGGAAGAUACUAUUCGUCUUAAUAAAUUUGUUAGACAUGCAAUUGUCAUUGGACAUAAUAGACCGUUUAAUUGUCUUUUAAUAGAACUCGAUUUUGAUCAUUUAAAAAAUACUCCUUUCUUGGAAAUCACGAAAAGUAUCUUUGAUUCAGUUCACCAAGCUAAUAUUAAUUGCCCAUCACAUUCUCGAAUCUUUGACGAAAUGGUUUAUAUCUUACCUCUUGAAGGAAAAAUGCUACCUAGAACCAUGAAAAAUAAUAUUCAACGUAAAAAAGCUGAAAUAGAAUUUAAAGAAGAAAUAGAAAUGCUCUAUGAUAAUUUAGUAAAUAGAAGAGUUGUUUCAAAUGAGAAUUCCUUUUCUGAUAAUCAAUGGGAUGAAAAUUCUGUAAAAACUACCAUAUUAAGUUCCCUUAAAUUAGCCAUUGGCGAUUCAUUUUUAAAAAUUACCGAAUACGAAACUUCACUCUUUGCUUUGGGUCUAGAUUCUUUAUCUGCAACCAAAUUACGUGCUAUUCUUCAGAAUAAAUUUUCAUUUAUCGACCUUCCUUAUGAUGCAGUUUUUGAACAUAAUACUGUUCAAAGUCUUACACAUUAUUUGAUAAAAGAAUUAUCAAAAAUCAAUGUUUCACAAAAUCAAUAUGCUAAAGACGGUUAUGAAGAGAAAUUACAGGCACUUAAAGACGAAGUAAACUCAUAUAUUAAAAAGUAUAAUAAAAUCGAUAACUUUCCUUCUAUGGGAUUCGUUAAUGGAAUUACCGGUAUAAACGGUUACGGAAAAGAUGGUGAAACGGUCCUCAUAACAGGAGCUACUGGAUCUCUUGGCUCUUUCAUCCUUCGAGAUUUGCUAAGAAAUCCUAACGUACUUAAAGUUUACUGUUUAGUGAGAGCUUCAGAUGAAAAUAAUGGGUGGUUUAGAUUAAAAGAUUCAUUUGAACAACGUCAUUUAGAUACUUCAUUAUUAUCUAAAGAACGAGUUAUUAUUUUACCAAGUGAUCUGGGUGAUUCGAAACUUGGACAAACCGAAAAGGUUUAUUUGAAACUUGUACGAGAAAUAACACAAAUUUAUCACGUGGCUUGGAGAUUAGAUUUUAAUAGUAAAAUUGAAGUUUUCGAACGUGAAUGUAUUGGAGGAACUGUUAAUCUUCUUAUGCUCGCUCGUGAUGCAUAUAUUAAUAAUCAAAAUAUUCAUUUUAAUUUUACAUCAAGUAUUAGCACAUCUCUUAGAUCAAAAAUAAAUGUUAAAGAAGAUGAAUUACCUCAAGAUAUUUCAAAUGCGAUACUUAAUGGAUAUGGGUUAUCAAAAUUUAUUACUGAGCAUGUAUGCGCCGAAUGGUCUCGAAAAAUUGGUUUCAAACUUGAUAUUCAUCGUGUUGGUCAAGUUUGUGGAGAUUCAGUUACAGGAGUUUGGAACACUAAAGAACACAUUUCACUGAUGAUAAAAGGAGCACAAAUUAUGAAAAUUAUGCCGGAUUCGUACACUUCGAAUGUUGAUUGGAUACCAGUUGAUGUGGCUUCUCAAAGCAUCGUUGAUAUUUCUUUGAAUGCACCUUUUGACGACGAGAUUGAUUAUGUCCGAGUUAAUCAUAUACUUAAUCCAAAGAGAAUUACAUGGAAUGAAUUCUUAAAAUUCUUAAAUAAAAGUGGAAUAGAUUUCAAAAUUGUUUCGAAUAAAGAAUGGUUAAAUACAUUAUUAAAAACACCCGAAUAUCAAAAUGUGGAUAAAAACCCAGUAGCAGCAUUAUCAGGAUUUUUUGAAAAAACUAUAAGCGAAUCAUCAAAUAAAAGUGAAGAAUUUGAAACCCAUAAAUCAGUAGAUCGUAGUUUGGCACUUUCCAAUUGUCAAAAAAUUGAU